CUGAGAAUUACAGCGAGUUACGUACGGACCGGUGCUGUGUUGGAGUUUGACGUGGCACUCUACUUUGACUAUCAGGAAUUCGUAGAGAAGAGGACUCGGCAGGUACUCCCCAGAAUACAGAUUGUUGGAUCUCUGCCAUUUUGUAAUGAGAAGACCUUAACAGCACAGGAUGAGUCAGCAGGGUUAUGUUGCCACACCUCCCUAUUCCCAGGCCCAGCCUGGGAUGGGAGGCUACCCAGCCGGGUUUGGGAGCGCGCCUGCCCAGCCCCUCUAUAGACACUAUGGGGGACCACCUCAAUCAUUCCCCGCCCCACCAACAGGUAUGAUGAAGCCUGUGUCGUCCCCUUCCGGGAUGCCUCCGCCACAGGUCCCCAGUCAUUACGGCUCAAACGGCCAGCAGAACGGAGCUCACCCUCAAAGCUACCCUGCCCCUCCAUAUGGACAGCCACUUCAAUCCCCCUACCACAGCAUGGCCCACCAGGGCCCGCCCCCAGCACAGCAGCUCACCAAUCAGAUGGGUGCCAUGAACCUCGGAUAUGGUCCAGGGCCCAUGCAGAGCCCUCAGGCACCUCCCACCUCUCCCCUAACCCAGCAGCAAUUCCAGACUGCCCCUCCCCCAGCUAUGGGACACCCACCCCUGGGCCCCCACUCAUCUCAGAUGGCUCCCCCACAAUCACCCCUAGCUGGUCCAACUAUGGCAGGGCCCCAAUCUAUGGGUGGCCCCCCACCCAUGGGAGGCAUGGGUAGGCCCUUCCCUGGCCCACCCCCUCCAGGUGCUGGGGGCUUCCAGCAGCCUGGGCCUGGAGCUGCCGGACCACCAGGACAUCCUCAGCAACUACAAGGUCAAUUUGGGGGGCAGAUGGCGGGACCCGGGAUGGCGGGACCCGGGAUGGCGGGACCCGGGAUGGCGGGACCCUUCCAAGGUGGGGCAGCCCAAAUGGCCGGCCCACCUCAGAAAAAGCUGGAUCCUGACUCCAUCCCUAGCACAACACAAGUCAUCGAGGACGACCAAGCCAAACGAGGGGGACAGGUGUACACUACGAACCUCAGGGGCCAGGUGCCCCCGCUGGUCACCACUGACUAUACAGUACAGGACCAAGGAAACGCCAGUCCAAGGUUCAUGCGUUGCACCACCUACUCUUUCCCCUGCACGGCUGACCUGGCUAAGCAGUGCCAAGUUCCCCUGGCCACAAUCAUCAAACCCUUCGCCACAGUGCCAAAGAAUGAGACUCCUAUGUACGUCGUGAACCAUGGUGAGACUGGCCCAAUCCGCUGUAACCGCUGCAAGGCCUACAUGUGUCCCUACAUGCAGUUCAUGGACGGCGGCCGCCGCUACCAGUGUGGCUUCUGCAACUGCGUCAACGAAGUGCCAGCAUUUUAUUUCCAACACCUGGACCACAUGGGCAGAAGGGUGGACUUCUACGAGAGGCCAGAGCUGUCGCUGGGGUCCUACGAGUUCGCCGCCACCCUGGAUUAUUGCAAGAACAACAAGCCAGCCAGUCCUCCAGCGUACAUCUUCAUGAUCGACGUGUCCUAUGCCAACAUCAAGAGCGGACUGGUCAGACUGGUGUGUGAUGAGCUGAAGACCCUGCUAGACAACCUGCCCAGAGAGGAUGGUGCUGAGAGCUCGAUGUUGAAGGUGGGCUUCGUCACCUACAACAAGAUCCUACAUUUCUACAACGUGAAGAGUGCCCUGGCCCAGCCCCAGAUGAUGGUAGUAUCCGACACGGCAGAGAUGUUCGUCCCGCUGCUCGACGGCUUCCUUGUCAACUUCCAGGAGUCGCGGGCAGUCAUCAACAAUCUCCUGGACCAGAUCCCUGAUAUGUUUGCCGACACCAAUGAGAGCGAGACGGUCUUUGCCCCCGUCAUCCAGGCUGGGGUAGAGGCACUGAAGGCAGCAGAAUGCAGCGGCAAGCUGUUCAUCUUCCACUCCUCCAUCCCCACCGCCGAGGCCCCUGGGAAACUGAAGAACAGGGACGACAAGAAGUUGAUUAACACAGAGAAAGAGAAGACUCUGUUCCAGCCCCAGAAGGCUGUCUACGAGCAGCUGUCCAAGGACUGUGUGUCUCAGGGCUGCAGCGUGGACCUCUUCCUCUUCCCCAGCCAGUACGUGGACAUCGCCACCAUGGGAGACGUUGCCACACACACAGGAGGCUCCGUCUUCAAGUACAGCAACUUCCAGAUGGAAAGGGAUGGACAGCAUUUCCUGAGUGACCUGAGGAAGGAUGUGGAGAAGGCCAUCGGGUUUGAUGCCAUCAUGAGAGUCCGCACCAGCACAGGCUUCAGGGCUACAGACUUCUUUGGUGCCAUCCACAUGAACAACACCACAGACGUGGAGAUGGCUGCCGUGGACUGUGACAAGGCUGUGACGGUGGAGUUCAAACACGAUGACACACUUAGCGAGGAGACGGGCGCUCUCAUGCAGUGUGCAUUGCUGUACACGACCAUCAGCGGCCAGCGGCGUCUGCGGAUCCACAACCUCAGUCUGAACUGCAGCGCCCAGCUGUCUGAGCUCUACAAGAGCUGUGAGACGGACGCCCUCAUCAACUUCUUCGCCAAGUCAGCAUACCGUGCCAUGCUGAACCAGCCCCUGAAGACGGUGAAGGAGAUCCUGGUCAACCAGGCGGCCCACAUGCUGGCCUGCUACAGGAAAAACUGUGCCAGUCCCUCCGCUGCCAGCCAGCUGAUCCUGCCUGAUGCCAUGAAGGUGUUUCCGGUUUACUUAAACAGCCUGUUGAAGACUGGUCCCCUGGUGGGCAGCGCUGAGCUCUCUACAGAUGACAGGGCUCACCAGAGACUCAGCACCACAGCCAUGGGGGUGGAGGAUACCCAGCUGCUGCUCUAUCCACGCCUUAUCCCACUGCACAACAUGGACGUUGCCAGUGACGUGGUGCCAACUCCGGUGCGCUGCUCUGAAGAGCGCCUGACAGAUGCAGGCAUGUURCUGCUGGAGAAUGGGUGCUCCCUCUUCCUGUGGCUGGGUCAGGCCUGCCCCCCAGAGAUGAUCCAGAGCAUCUUCAACGUGCCCUCCCUCGCSCAUGUGCCCGUUGACCUGAGGUCCCUACCAGAGCUGGAUAACCCCCAGUCUAAGAAGCUGCGCUCCAUCGUUGACUCCUUGCUUGACCAGAGGCCCAGCUCCAUGAAGCUCAUGAUUGUGAAGCAGAAGGACCAGUCUGAGAUUAUGUUCCGCCAGCACCUGGUAGAGGACAAGGGGCUCCACGGUGGAGCCUCCUACAUGGACUUCCUGUGCUUCGUCCACCGCGAGAUCAGACAAGUCCUCACUUAACACCACCCACUGUGGAUAUCACCUAGCUGGGCUGGGCUAGGACCAAAACAACCAGAGGACCACACCACCUCUGACUUCAGAGCUGCCUUUCCAAAACCCCUUUACCCCCCUCCCCUUUACUCCACACAAACCUACGGGGCGGGGCUACCGCUCGCUCUUUGUCAGUGUACCAGGAUCUGUGCUCCAGUCUGCAUUGUACGAGUCAGUCUGACUGCUUUGUCUGUUGAAUUUAUGUACAUUAACAAUUUAACUGAUUUCUAUGUAAAUGGGCCAAUGAUGGUAAAGGGAAUUUUGUGGGGUUCAGAACAUCAGGACCACAGGGUUGGCUACAUUUUGAAACAGACCAUGUUCACUCUACGUUUCACUAUUGACCAAACCAAAUGUAAAUUAUUUUGUUUUUCUGGUGCGAUUUAAAUUGCCAACGUCUGUUUUAAGCACAUGCAUUCUUUCCAAAAUUGUAGGUUUGUCACAAUUUCUCAUUAUUAAGAAAUAGUUUUGACAAUGUCACAGCACCAAAUGGUAAUUUAGCUACAUGGACUGGAAUAAACAUCUGGUUGUAAUGACUGAACACUGGUGCCGUGGCUAUUAAAUGAAUGAUUCACUCCAUUUGUGAUUGGAUCCAUUAUUUUUGCCAUUCCCCUCAGGAAUGAAGAGGAUGUGCUAGCAAGAUAAUUCAUACAAGGCUGAUUCCAGUGACAACUCACUGCUGGGAAAAAAAGGGAGAAAUUACCUAAAUCUAUUUAUCCGUAAAGAUGCAAUUAAACAUUCCACACUAAAUUCAUUCCAGUUAUAGAACUAUAUGCCGUUUUGUUUUUAUCAAGUUAUUGCCGUUAUUCAUUUAAUAUUAUGUCAAGUAUUGUCAUGUUUUGUCAAGUAUUGUGCUCUGCAAACCAAUGGUUGUGUUAGUAUGCGACGUGGAGGUUUUGGGGGAAACUGUUCCUGUGCCAGUUAACCGUCUGCCUUAAUUAAAUUGUUUUUAUGGUAGUAAAUACUAGAGGCCAUUAUUCUAUUCCAGUGUGAUAUAGAUUGCAUACAAACCAAAUAGAUUGAAAACAUCUCAGGUAAUUUGUGUACCUAACAAUUGUGGUGCAGCGCUGGAAAACASGGGCGUUACUCUUUUAACUGGAAAGACGGAAGUGUGGCUGGAAUGGAUGUGUUUGAGGGAAGGGCCUUGGAGUGGCGUGCCAUGUACAUUUUGAUCUAAAAAAUCUCUUGUUUUUGAUUAAAUUCCUGACUAUAUCAAGA